AUCCAGGCUCCAGCACAUGGCAAGAGAUGGCGGCGUGAACGAAGACAUCAAGACAGAUGACACUGAUACACUGAUGCUCUUGAACUCAACACAGGGACCACCAUCAGUAAAAGUAAUUGCCAGCUUGAAUGAAUGGCAAUGAAGGCAGCCUUGCCAGGAGACGCAAUGAAGAGGGAGAAGACAAGCAGCGCAGACGUGAUGGAGAAGGUAGCAGUGGACCCUCGCGUUAAAAACCUAGUGGAGCGUUGUGUGAGACUGAGGCACCGCUCCCUGCUUAGUGUGCUGGGACAGACCGCCAGGAACCAGGUGAUGAUCCUCCACCACCUGCUCACCAAGGCAUCGGGGGAAAGGCACUCAGUCCUCUGGUGCCACAAGAAAGACUCAGACAUUCCAAGGCACAGUCGGAAACAUCUCAAGAAACUGGAGAAGAAAAUCAGCUCAGGAAAGUGUGACAUCUCUAAGGAAAAUGCAUUUGAUCUCUUCCUCCUAUCAACACCAGUGAGGUAUUGUGCCUUCCAGGACUCCCACAAGCUGCUGGGGAACACCUUUGGCAUGUGUGUCAUACAGGACUUUGAGGGGCUGACUCCCAACAUCCUGUGCCGUGUGGUGGAGACUGUGUCUGGUGGGGGACUGGUGGUGUUCCUGACACCAGAGGUGCAGUCACUACGGCAGCUCUUCUCAGUUUCCAUGGAUGUCCAUUCUCGCCUCAAGACUUACUCCCAUCCCAAGGUCACCCCACUUUUCAAUGAAAGGUUUGUGUUGUCACUGGGGUGGUGCAAGUCUUGUCUGGUCCUGAAUGACCAGCUGCAGGUCACCAGUGAGCUGCCAGCCCUCAACAGACCAACAGCACCACCAGACACUCUCUCCCUGCGUGGUGCUGAGGCCUCACAGGCUAAGCUGAAGGAGCUGAGAACUUCUCUGGAAGAUGCUGACAAACCUUUGCCACAACUGGUGAGCUGCUGCAGGACUUUUGAUCAGGCCCAGGCACUGCUGAAGAUGAUUGACCUCAUCACGGAGAAGAGUGUGCAGGGCACAGUGGCAGUCACGGCCGGCAGAGGGCGAGGAAAGUCAGCUGCUCUGGGCCUGGCAACAGCAGCAGCCAUCCAUGUAGGCCUCAACAACAUCUUUGUCACCAGUCCGACCCCAGAGAACCUUGGCACCUUCUUUGAAUUUGUCUUUAAAGGUUUUGAUGCCCUUGAGUAUGAAGAGCAGAAUGACUAUGAGAUCAUUCAGUCCACCAGUGCUGAGUUUGGUGAUGCAGUGGUGCGCAUCAAUGUGUUCAGAGACUACCGCCAGACUGUACAGUACAUAUCUCCAGGUGAUGCAGGAAAGCUGAGCCAUGCAGAGCUGGUGGUGGUGGAUGAGGCAGCAGCCAUCCCACUACCUCAGGUGAAGGCACUCAUAGGCUCCUGCAAUGCCAUCAUGUCAUCCACCAUCAACGGCUAUGAGGGUACUGGACGCUCCCUCUCCCUGAAACUCCUCCAGCAGCUGAGGGUCCAGGCAGGACAGGCAGGCACUGCUGUGGUGGCAUCGACCAACACUGUGGAUGCAGCCCCAACCAGACGCUCCCUCCACGAGGUUACACUGGAGGAGAGUGUGCGCUAUGCUCCCCAUGACCCAGUGGAGGCUUGGCUGCAUCAGCUCCUCUGCCUUGACGCCACCUCAGUCGUGCCGUCCUCCACCACCUGCCCCCCGCCCCACACCUGCCAACUCUACUAUGUGAACAGAGAAGUGUUGUUCAGUGGUCAUAGUGAGAGUGAGGCCUUCCUGCAGCAGAUGGUGGCUCUGCUUGUGGCAUCACACUACCGCAACUCCCCUGAUGACCUGCAGGUGUUGUGUGAUGCUCCAGCCCACCACCUCUUUGUGUUGCUGCCGCCUUUGCCACCCGGUUCAACAGCAACCUUACCCACUGUGCUGGCUGUCAUACAGGUAUGCUUGGAAGGAGGAAUCCCUGCUUCAGUGUCCAAAGCCACCAGGAGUCGGGGAGAGCGUCCCUCAGGGGACUUGGUUCCCUGGCUGCUGUCAGCUCAGUUCCUCCAGCCUGACCUUACCCAGCUGAAGGGAGUGAGGGUGGUCAGGGUGGCAACACAUCCUGAUUACCAGUCGAUGGGCUAUGGGUCAAGAGCCAUUAGCCUCCUCAGUGACUACUAUGGAGGGAAGCACCUUGCCCUGGAUGAUUCCGCUGUCACCCUUCCGCAGCCAACACAAGACCCCACCACUGAUAAAGAUAGCAUUGUUCCAAGACAGAGCAGUGAACCUUUGCUCUCAGCCCUGGGAGAGCGCCCACCCGAGGCUGUAGACUACCUGGGAGUAUCCUAUGGGGUCACACUGCCUCUGCUCAAAUUCUGGUGUCGAGCAGGCUAUGUGCCACUGUACAUCAGCCAGGUAGCCAACAAAGUGACAGGUGAACACAGCUGUGUCAUGGUGCACAUGUUGUCAAGCCCAGAGGAGACAAGUGACUCUGAGACUGCCCCCUCCUGGCUGCAGGAUGCCUCCUCAGAGUUUUUACGAAGGUUCCUUUCUCUGCUCGGCGGACCACUGAGUGACCUGCACCCCAUGCUGUCCCUGGCAGUGAUUCAGGCCCAUGCAAAGACUGUACCAUGGAGAGCAAUUGAGUGGGAGGAGCUGAAGACACUUGUGAAUGGACAUGACUUGCUGCGCCUGGAAAAGUACUCCAAGAAUCUUGCUGACCGUCAUCUCAUAACAGACAUUCUGCCUCACAUUUCUUCCCUCUUCUUCUCCCAUAGGUUUUCUGCACUCCAUCUGUCUCCAAUUCAAUCUGCUCUUAUGGUUGGUCUAGGACUCCAGCUGAAGAACUUUGAUGAGGUCAGCCAGCUGCUGGACCUGCCUGUGGAGUCGGUGCUGGGGCAGUUCAACAGGGCCAUGCGCCGUGUGCUGAAGACCAUGGCAACCUUGCAGGAGGAAGCACUCACCAAGCACCUUCCCAAGACCACCAAGAAGCUGGCUGAGUUUGUACCUGUGUCCAUAUCUCUUGACCAAGACUUGGAGGAGGCAGCUGAGGACUAUAAAGAAAAGGAAAAGAGACAGAAGCUGCAGCCCCAAGCCAAUGAAUUGCUGGGAGACAUUAGCAAGUUCGCCAUCAAGAGUGACGAGGCAGCAUGGCAGGCAGCACUCAAGGGAGGACCAAACACUGUGAUCAGUGUGAAGAGCAACAAGCGUCCAGCAACCAUUACUGAGAAGGAACUGGAGAUGGAACUAGAAGAGCCAAAGCAGAAGAAAGGAAAAAAAAGUAAAGGGUCAAAAAAUGAAAAGUUAAGCAAAAAAUGAUGAUUAUUUCCUUGUAACGUAACUUCAUCAUAAAGUAAAAAGUAUUGAUGAAGAAGAGUUUUUUUUUACUUAACUAGAAAAAUCUUGACAGUUUAUUAAAGUAUUGUCUCAUUGUUGUGGCUUUCACAGAACACCAUGUGGCAACAGCAAGUCAGUAACAUCCCUUAAGUGGUGUUCAAGCAGCAUCACUCCUGCAGUACUUGCUAAAUUGUGUGAUACCUUAACCUUCUGACUGUUACGGUUUCUCUUCAAGCUGAAUAAAGCAGUAUAGUGCAAGUAAGAGCACAAUUUUAAACCACACCACUGAGUAACUGGGUCAUUCAAACCUUUUAGUGUUUGAGAAAGGUUAUAUGCUCAUACAUAUAGACUGCCCCUUUACACUGGGAGCCGAUGGGGAUAAGAGUGUGAAUGAUGUGUGAGUGUGUGAGUCUGUCUGGGACCCCCUUUGUGAAAUUGCCAGACUGGUGUAUAGCUAGAAAGACAUUUAUAAAGAUGAAAGGUUGAGUGAAGGAAAUUAAUCAUUCCCCAUUAUCUCCACAGUCUCACAUAUCUUACUCAUCCUGUCAUCCAGCUACUUCCAGUAAGUCCCCAAGUCUGGGCUACCACUGCACCACCGAUACCAGAAGUAACCACCAUCAUUCCAACCUUUUGGGAACAGAUGACUUUGAAACUCUCUUUAUUCAUUUAAUUAUUCUUUCAGAACUAAGUUACUGUGUUUCUCAGGAACUUGUGUACUGUCAACUAGUGAAGAAAAGGUUAUGGAAGACGAAGGAUGUAAAAUAGCAAUGCCUUCCUGUUUGGGAGGUCAUGAAAGGGUUGACAGUAGCAGUUGAAGCAUUCUCUAGAAUUAAUCAGUGUUUAUGAUGGUGGUAGUUGAUGGUUAAUAGUUAAUAAUUCACCUGUCAGGGAUGGUUACAGUUAAGACAUUCUCUGGGUAGCUAAUCAGUAUCCAUGAGGAUAUGAGCGGGUAGUUAAUAGUACACCUGUCAGGGAUGGUUUCAAGGGUGGACACGAUCCCGGUAAGUAGGCAAAGAUGAACACUUGGGAACACGCUUCGAGAGAUGUCCGGUAAUUUUACAUAGGUGUUCUGGAGAUCAAUAUUAAACAUAAUGUCCUGUACAGUCAUCAUCUAAACUAUUCUGGCACUAAGGGUAUACUUUCUUUUCCUUUCCGUCUCCUCCUCCAUCCAGUGGAGACUUUAUUUAUUUAUUUAUUUAUUUAUUACGUAAGAGGGGCACGGGCCAAGGGCAACACAAAGAACAAAAAUAAAAAUAAAUAAAAAGCUCACCGGGGUGCCAUCCUCAAAAGAAAGGUCAAAAGGUUCAUCCAAAAUUGGAGAAUCUACUGCCCGAUUAUGUGAGUGGUGGGUUGUGGAAGGGGGAAAGGUAGAGAAGAGAUGUAAUGAGCAGUUAUUAACUAGAAUAAUUCAGUUGUUAUGCACCAAAUUAUACUUGAAAAACCUUUCUCUCUCUCUCUCUGUGUGUGUGUGUAAGAUGAUUCGCUGGUCAUUUGAGUGUGGUGAAUGUGGCUGCCCAUGGUGACUGGUGAGCGGGACUCGACGUGAACACCAAUAUAUGAAAUUAAUAUUAAAAAAAAAAAAACACACUUCACUCAGAUCGCGUUUCAUUGACACUGCAGGGUCCGUACAAAUUGGCGGAGCUCUUAUAAGAAUGUUUUUAAAUGGUCAUACAGAUAAUAAGUCGGGUUUUCAUGGAUAUUUUCCCAUUCAUGAUGCAGAAUCCCGAAUAAAAUAAUAUUAUAAUUGUAAAACAACCGUGAAAAUUUCAAUAAUUUCCACUAAGUCUGUUCAUGUUCAGUCAAGUCAACGUUCGAUACAGCUAGUGAAGCACUUGGCCCGACGUAGAAGGUACUCUCUUAAAACUGCUUGUGUUGAAUAUUUUCAUGUUUCUCUUACGUAUUUAUGGUCUGUGAUUCUCCGUUUACACUGGUAUGGUGGAAAAAAAAAAAUAAGCAAACACGUCAUACCUGCACUGUAAGAGAACACACCUAGUCCCAGUGGUGGCAGCACCGCCUCUCAGGCUCCCACAUAAGACGCCCUCAGACAACCGCCGGAACUAUGGGCAGUUUUAGUGUCUCUCAGCACAACUGGCGUUAAUUAUAGGCUGCAUUGUGCGAGUGGAACUGUGUGGCAAGCAGAGACCAGGAGCAAGGACAUGGGUAGCAGGACAUUAGUGCUUGCUGGCAGAGGCAGUGCAGAGCUGUCAUUUAGUCUGCCACCUAUAUGGUGCUGGUGACAUGGGCAGUUCACCUUACAGCCAGCCCCAGUCAGGCAAUGUCUACACUCCCUAUUUAGUGACCAAGAGGGACAAGAGCAGAGCUUGGAUCUCUUCUUAUGGGAUUUUGUACCUUCUACAAAAAAUAAGAAAAAAACAGAAAAAAAGUUAAAAUUUACUACUGAAUUAUACAAUAGUCUUAAAUGUGUUCAUUUAAUGUUUAAUACAAAUUGAACAAAUCUUUAAUAUCAGUUAACAAUAAAUAAAAAAAAAAAAAAAACAGACCUGUGAAAUAAAACCUAUUUGUGAACUUUAUUAACAAACACCAUAAUUAAUUCAUGUCACACAAUAAGUAUAAUUAUAGACUAAUUUUAAAAUAAUAAAACUGUUGGGGAAAUUUUGUGCCAGGUUUAUAAUCAGAAAUAUGCAAGGUCUAUAAAUUAACUUCAUAUUUAACAUGCAUUCACUUUCAGUUUUAAAAUAAAGAGGAAAAAGAUGAGGCAUUUAAGUGUUUUUUUUUUUUAACUCGAGAUGUCUUUGCAUUUCUUUAAGAUAAAAAUUAUAUAAAAAUAUAUAACAGCUUGCAAAUUUAUCAUGAAUUAAUAGCUAGGAAGAAAACCAUUAACAGAACAAGAUUCUGUAAUUUAUGUAGAGGCCAUAAUUUCCCACAGCCACAUACAGAUGUUAGGAAUAAGUGUGUGUGUGUGUGUGUGUGUGUGUGUGUGUGUGUGUGUGUGUGUGUGUGUGUGUGUGUGUGUGUGUGUGUGUGUGUGUGUGUG